AUGCCCUUGAAGGGGGACUUGUGCAAACGCCUUCUCAAGUUCAACGCAUUUACCUACGCAGACCCACUCCCUGCAAACGCGCUUCCCUUUAUGCACGUUAGCGGCUCAGUCCCCAAACCGUCGUCAACAUCGUCGGCAUCGUCAUCCCGCCGUCCUCCCGGCAGCACGGAGCUUGCAUCGCUGCACCUGGAUCCAACGCCGCGUGCCCUCACCACCCCGGCUGGGUUGCGCAACCUGGGCAACACGUGCUACCUCAACAGCGUCAUGCAGGUGCUGUAUUCCCUCUCCGAUUUCCGCCAGCGGCUCAAGCAGAUCAGACCCCAAGUCUCGCUGGCGAAGACACCCAUCCUCUAUCACGCGUGUCAGCUCUUUCACGAACUCGAAACAUUUCCCAAGUCCUUCAUCGUGCCAACAAGGUUUGUUGAGGCAGUGCGGCCUGAAUGGUUCCAGCCAGGACAGCAGCAGGACAGCGCCGAAUUCUUGCAAUAUUUUCUUGAUCGCAUGCACACGGAACUGGAGUCCAUUUCCCCGUCGUCGCCGUCGCCGUCGCACUGCUCCUCCUGCCAGUCCCUCAGGAGCGAAGACCCAAAGCGUGCCAAGUGGUCUAUGAGCGAUGACGAGCAGACGCAACAUACCAGUACUACCACCAGCCGCCCGAAUGCCGCCAGUGGCGAUGAUGACGACGUCAAUGGUGAUGGUGAUGGUGAUGGUGAUGGUGAUGGUGAUGGUGAUGGUGAUGGUGAUGGUGAUGGUGAUGGUGAUGGUGAUGGUGAUGGUGAUGGUGGACGGGCUGCGAGUGCAAUGUCAACGUCGCCAUCACCGCCGCUGACCGCCGCCGAUUCCGUCUCAUCGCCAGCCAUGGACGAGCGCGACGAUGACGACGAUGAUGGUGAUGACGAUGAUGAUGAGGAUGGUGGUGGUGGUCGUGAUGGUGGUGGAGGAGCUGGUGGCAACGAUACCAGCCGUGACGGGGAGGAUGAUGAUGUCGGCUUUGACACGAGUGCGCUGUCGUUGCAAUUGAAUGGCACGAAAUCGGGCGGCGGUGCUGCGGUCUCACCCGCAAAGCGGCGGCGACAGCGACGACGAGGUGGUGAUGGUGAUGGUGAUGGUGACGGCGAUGGUGAUGGUGAUGGUGAUGAAGAGAGUGGUGGUGAUGGGGAGGAAGGGCAAAAUAACGAUGGCAGCAACAGUCACAGCAAUAACGGCAUCACCAACAACCACAGCAAUGGGCAACCAAGCGACGACAGCACGCCAAGCGCAAUCGCCAACACCAACGACCCAACCACACCAACCCCAACAUCGCCAGCAUCACCAACGUCAACCCCACCACCGUCAUUAUCGUCGUCAUCAUCAUCAGCAACCCCGCUCUCGCUGUUGACGGGCAAGUUGCUAACGGCGACCACGUGCACUGUUUGCGGUUCCGUCUCCACGCGCCCAGACCACUUCUUCCUCCUCCAACUCGGUCUUCCAAACCAGCAAGCAGCGAUGUCGAUGGCGGAUCUGCUGCGCUAUUACUUCCAGGAGGAGACACUGGAGGGCGACAACAAGUACAUGUGUGACCGCUGCAAACAGGAGCAAGUCGCAACAGUUGCGACUUCGCUGAAGAGCAGCCCGCAGUAUCUUCUGCUCACCAUCAACCGGUUCUGUUACGAUCAGCGCACACACACGCGGCGCAAAGUGACGACGCCUGUCCGCCUCACCCGCCGCCUCGAUGUUCCGCACACCGCAGAGGACGGCAUGACUGAAGUGACGUCGUCGUAUCGGUUGCAGGCCGUUGUCAUCCACUCUGGCCCGACCGCGUACUCGGGGCACUACUACGCAUACGCACGCAUGGGCGAUGACUGGUUCAGCCUGAAUGAUUCGUAUGUGCAGCGCAUGCAGGAGAGCGCAAUUGAAUCCAGGCUCGUCGGCUCGAACUGCCCGUAUAUUGUGGUGUACGAGCGAGAGGCAAACCCGACAGCGUGA